GACCUCUCACCCCGUGCGUCAUGUGAUCGGGUGAUAUACGUGAAAUGGUGGAGUGAAUGCAACACUGGUGUAAUCACGAGUGUACUGUGUAAAGUGGCUGUUAAUAGCGUUUUUAGACCAAUAUCUUCAUAGUUCUAUAGCUACUUGGCAAGAAAUGUGUUUGGAGAAUGUGUGUGAAGAUGCCUGAAGCCUUGUAACUCUGUGUCUGUCAGGAGGGUCGUGUAACCUCCGAGAAUGAGUUACUUCAGUUAUGUGGGCAGAAUCUUCUCCAACGUCAAAGGUUUCUACAACGAGAUCAACGCGGCCACACUAACAGGCGCUAUCGAUGCUGUGAUCGUAAAGCAGGAAGAUGGUUCAUAUCUGUCCUCGCCAUUUCAUGUCAGAUUCGGAAAACUGGGCGUCCUUAGGGCCCGGGAAAAAGUGGUUGACAUAGAGAUCAAUGGGGAGCCAGUGGAUAUCCAGAUGAAGCUGGGAGAGUCUGGUGAGGCGUUCUUUGUGGAGGAAUUGCCUGAAGAAGAAAAUGAGGACUUCCCAGCAUAUUUGGCUACAUCCCCCCUGCCCUCCAGCUCAGACCUAAUGAUGGAGGAGGGGGUGAAGGAAAUGAAGCAGGAAUACCUCAACACAGCAGGGAAUACCAUUGAAGUGAUCCCCCAUCAGGGCACUGUCCCAGAGAAUAAUGUCAGCAUCUUGAUAGAGGAUGAAGAGGGGAGAAAGAAGAAGGUCCGACGAAAGAAACGUCCCAUCAGAAGGACUUCCUCCAAUGAGGAAGCAGCUAAGAAAGGUGCUGAGAAAUCUGGUGAUGAGAUAUUUAACAUGGAAGAUGUCUCCACCGAUGAUGAAUUGGCCAGUAUGCCAAACAUUCUACCAGACCUCACCCCACGUAUGGGGAAAUCUGUAAGUCUACCAGUGAUGGACGAGACCCAGGAAAGUCGAUUUGAGAGAACCAGUCAAUGGGCACAAUCACAGUAUUCCUUCAACCACCCCUUCAGUGACACGGACAUGUCGCCACUAGCUAGUCCCACCAACACUCGUCCCCCCUCCCCUAAGAGUGACACAGAGGUGGACCGGCAGAGACAGGGGGAGGUAGACCAGUCCAUCCUGACUGAGGAGGACAGCACUCUGUGGGAGUGGGGCGACCUUCCCAGGAGACAAGAUGAAGAUCAGAAAUCACCCACAGAGUCCAGCGGUAAAAAGACUGGGGAUAAAGAAGGAGAAUCCCAAGAGAGUAAGAGUUUGUUCCAGUUUAUGAAGAAGACCAAGGCCGUACGCCACAAGCCUGAGGGGGAGGGGAUCUACCUGGAUGACCUCAAUCUGGAGGAGAUGGACCCAGAGGUCGCCAAGCUCUACUUCCCCAAAAGAUUCCACAGCUCUAAGUUUGUAUCAAUCAAAGAGAGAGCUGAACAUGAGGAGGACACAGAGUCAGGGCGGGGGGCAUCCCUCCCCGUCUCCCCCCACUCUGUAGAGGGUGCCAUCGGGGGGCCACCAGGGGUCAACUUCCUAAAGUCAGAGGUUCAGCACCUAGGAAAUUUCUCCCUCUCCUUGUGUGGUGGACUGAGCGACCCAGAGGGUGUGAACCUGCAGAAGUUCAUGAACGACAUCGUCACAUUCGACGAUAUUUGUAAAAAUUACAACAUGGUGUCCAAUCCCGACCUUGUGGUCAGAAUCGGAGAAAACUACUACAAUUGGCAGACGGCAGCUCCCAUUAUCCUCAGCCAUGUCUGCUUUGAUAAAGAACUGCCAGAGGAGACCAUGAAUAACCUUAUCAAGGAACACAUGCCGAAAAAGAAAGCAAAGAAGAGUGGCGUAUCUUCUUGGUUCUCAUGGCGACGGACGACAACAGAUACCUCAAAUCCCACCUCACCCGCUAAUCCGGAGGUUGAUGCACACACUACAAAAUCUGCUGAGAGUUCUACCUCCCAGUCACCCCCCGUCAGUCAGCCAGGAAGUCCACGAAAAUCACAGAGGAGGAUAACUGAUGAGAGUCUGAAGAGUGAGGGAAAUGAUACUUCUUGUGAUGACCUUGACACGGAGGACUCUGACCCCAGUGGCCACCCUGCUCUGCCUGACCCCGAGGCUCGCAGUAGUAGUAAACCCAUUGAUGUGAAACCAGUGAAGGAGAAGUUCAAAAAAACCCUCCGUCUUUCCUCUGAACAAAUUAAAAAACUGAACUUACGUGAGGGCCAAAAUGAGAUAUCUUUCUCAGUGACAACACAGUACCAGGGCACAACCAGAUGUACGUCACACAUCUACUUGUGGAGAUAUGACGACAAGAUUGUUGUUUCUGACAUUGAUGGCACAAUCACCAAGUCUGAUGUCCUUGGUCAGAUCCUCCCCAUCAUUGGUCGAGACUGGUCCCAGUCAGGGGUGGCUCAACUCUUCACCCACAUCUACAACAACGGCUACAAAUUCCUGUAUCUGUCGGCCCGAGCCAUCGGUCAGUCCAAGGUGACCAAGGACCUCUUAAAGAGCAUUAAACAGGAGUUCCACGUGUUACCUGAUGGACCACUGCUAUUGUCUCCCACUUCACUCGUUAGUGCCUUCCACAGAGAAGUAAUAGAGAAGAAGCCAGAAGAUUUUAAGAUUGCUUGUCUACGUGACAUAGGAGAACUAUUCCCAGGACUUCAGCCCUUCUACGCUGGAUUUGGCAACAAGAUCAAUGAUGUGUAUGCAUACAAAGCAAUAAAUAUUCCCACCAUAAGAAUAUUUACAAUAAACCACCGUGGAGAGCUGAAACAGGAGUCAUCCUAUACUUUCCAAUCAUCGUAUUAUAGCUUGACAGAGAUUGCAGAUCAUUUCUUCCCACCCAGAGAACGGCUAGGGGUAUACGAUAGUCAUUAUAGUACGGUGAGAUACUGGAAAAGCCCUCUUCCCAGUGUCACGGAGACAGAAAUCUCCAAACUGGAGGUAGAAGCUAAGGAGGAGAAAUGACAACCAACACCCAUGGACACGCAGUCUGUCUCCGCUCCACUUAAGGUGCCUCGCCUCUCGUCGUCAUCCACCAGUGACAGCGUCCUACAGAGUAAUAACAGUUAUGAUCUCCUUGAGACAUUCUCCGAGAGCGACUCGGAAGAGGACAAGAAAUUAUCGCAGGCCCUGGAGCCGAGACGGGAAUUUCAGAAAACUGGAAAGUACUGGCUUAUGCCUUUUAGUCUCUACAUGUAAAAAAGGUUGACAAGUUAACUUAUAUAGAAUUUUUAAAAGAUUUUUUUUUUCAGAUGUUAAAGUUGGAACUAAAAAUUCAACACUGCUUUUAAGUGUGAAUGAAAAUUUGCUUAUUAAAUGAAGAUAAUAUCAGAGUAUCUAUUUAUUUUUCCAUGAGAUUAAAGAGUUUGGUUGUUUUUCCAUAUUUUAUAACUCCAUUAGAUUUUGUUGGGCAUUUUUGGUGCUAAUUAUGAGGAAUCCAGUUUGUUGUACUUUCAUUUAUUAAAAAUUUUUGUGAAGUUUGUUUUUAUCUUUUUUAAAGAAUACUUUAGGUUUUCUAUUUAUGUUCUUAAUUUUUUGUUAAGAGGUUUAGUUGUUUCUUCCCCAGAAUUCAAAACAAACACUGUUUGUCCAUGGUAGAAAUAUUGUGUUCAAUAGAUUUUUUUAUUAAUUUAGAUACAAAGCAAGGGAACAAUAUUUUGUUUGUUCAUUUUCUUUCAUUCUUUUUGAGUUUCCAGCAAGUUUUAUGUAUCACAAAAAAAUUGCUGCCAGUCAAAAAUUGGAAUCGUAUCAUGAAGGCAGCUAUAAUGUAAUUUAGUGACUCGAUUAGAGUGCAUAUGUGUCAGAUAAUUUAAUGUUAAUGUGAUUUGAUUUGGUAGAGUACAAGUACCAGCAUUAGUUUACUAUUAUUUUGUUUGUGAUUGUGUAAAUUACUUGUACUGAUGUACUUGUAUAUUUCAUUUGGUAAUUCACACCACAUUGGUGUGUUAUCUAUAUAUUUUUUUUCAGUAAUUGAAUGUUUUCCUUAUGCGUUUAUUUAUUGUUUGAAUUAUAUGUUUACUCUUGUUUGUUUUUUUUUUCUCUGUUACCUUAUGUGAUAAAAAGUGUCAAUAAGGUUUGUUUAAAAGAUUAAAACUUGUUAGAGAUAGAAAUAACAUAGUGUUCCUAGCUAUUAAAUGAUCUCCCAAAACUAAUACAAUAAUUUCCCAUUGACUUCCAAACAUUUCGUGACGCAAAGCAUAAAUUUAUUUAAAAUCAAUUUUAGAUGCAUUCCUAGGUCAUUUUUAAUUAUAGAAAGAAAAACAUGUGAUAGAUACCAUAGGUGUGAUAAAUAAAAUGUGAUUGUUAAAAAGUAUGAUGCUAAGUCAAAGGGAAGAUAAAAAUGUGAUCUGAUUAAUGGUGAUUUUUAUUUUGUGAUCAUAGACAAUUUGAUAUUAAUUUUGAAGAAGUUUAAAUUUUUAUUCAUAGAUGAUGAUCCUAGCGUAUCAUAUAGUAUAAAAUGUGAUAGGGCCGCUGGACAUUCAAGGGUAUUUGUGAUAUAAUAAACAAUUAAGGUUUUGCUUGAAUUUAAAAAUAGAAAUGAAGUCAUACCUGUUAUUAAGAACAGUUUAUCUUGAGUGCAUUUGGGAAUGAUUAGUCACUUGAAUAAGUAGUCAUCUGAACCAAUUUCUUAUAUACAGUGUGAAAUUGAAGUGGAUUCAGUAUUCAAUGAUUUUUCACUGUACUUGAUUAAGAAGUAUUAUAGCUGUUGUAUUUUUUUUUUAUUAUCUGUGAGACAGAAAAUGUCAUAAAAAGGCUUGAGAUAAGUGUCUCCAGACUUUAUUGUUCUUCACUAUACACAAUUUAUAGGUGUGUUUGUCAUAUAACUGUGUAGAACAGUGAAACCUGUCUAAUUCACAAAGCACUGGGACAGGAGUAACUUUGUAUCGGAUAAGGCAGGAUGUCAGAUUGAACAAUGUAAAGAGCACGGGGAAUAGUCAAAUGAGUGAAAUGUAGGUACAUGUAGUAUUGUAAUUUACAGUUUGAUGGAUUGCACAGGUGUCAAAUUCUAAAAAGAGAAGUUUUCACAAUGAUCAUUUUAGAAUCCUUGGAUGUUAAUAAUUGAAUAAAAUGAAUGUUAAUGUCGUUCAUUUUGAGUAUGUUGACUUAUAUAUGAUAAUCAUCACUUGUAUUGCAUAUUCGUUAUUUUAUUUGAUCAUCACUUGUCUUGCAUUUACAUGUCUCAUCAGUUUGAUAUUUUUGAACUAAGAAUCCACAAACACAUGUAUUAAAUCAAGUAUUUCAAGUUUUGGCAAGUACAUGUGUAGAUAUUGUUUUUUUUCCAUUGUCAUACAUGCAUUUAUGUAUGCUUUUUGUUCAGGGACAUUAACAGCUUGCCAUAGUCUGUACGUAUUAUAGGGUAGUGUUUCUUUAUCUAUUUUUGGUAUAAUUAUAUUGAUUGUUAUCAAGUGAGGAUUCAAAAUAAUUUUUGGGGAAAUUUUACCAUAAAAUGGAUGUAUGAAUAGGGCUCUUAAGGUUUAAAGUCUACUUAUCACUUAAUGAAAAUUCUCAAGUACUUGAAUUUCUGUAUCUUGUAAAUCAAAUAUGUCCAACUUCUGUUAUCCAGAUUACAUUAAAAAGAAUCAAGCUCAGUUUAUGGAACCUUUAUAUAUUAUUUUGAUUUAGUCCAUUCAGUUUAAUUUACUAGGGUUUCUAUGAAAAUAUUGAAUUUUCAUUAUCAUGAAGGAGUAUUUUAUCGAAGAAAAGAGGAUAUCUAUCAACUUGUAUUUUAAGGAUGAAUUGAAGAGGUUUAAUGAAAAGCACACCUUCCAAUAAUGUAGAAAUGUUUUGUAGUUUAUACAUGUAUACAUAUUGCGCUUUAACUGUCUCCGUUAUAUAUUUCACAGUAUCAUGAAGUUUGUAUACAGUUGCAAUUCAUUGGAAAAAGAAAUUGCACAAAUCUUGUUUUUGAUUAAAUUGUUAUUGCAAUGAA